CAGGUAGAAUAAAUGGAGUUUAUAAACUUAAUAGGUAGUUCAUGAUUUGUCUUUGUUUUGUAUAAAUAUCCAAGAUCAGGUUGUUUAUUAUGAUAUAGAUCUAUAAGUGACAUUGUGAUAUAUCAUAUUUUAUACCGAAAUUAUGGCUUCAUCUUUGGAAAAUUUGGAAACACAACUGGAAAUGUUCAUAGAAAAUGUUCGUCAAAUACACAUUAUAGUGAGCGACUUUCAACCCCAAAGUCAGAAUGUUUUAAACCAAAAACUCCAGGCUCUUGUUCAUGGUCUGCAAGAAGUUGACAAGCUCAAAUCACAAGUGCAAGAUGUUCAUGUACCUUUAGAAGUCUUUGACUAUAUAGAUCAGGGAAGGAAUCCUCAAUUAUACACAAAAGACUGCAUUGAAAAAGCUCUUGCUAAAAAUGAACAGGUCAAAGGAAAAAUUGAUGCAUAUAGGAAGUUUAAGGCCAAUAUGUUACUGGAAUUGAUAAGGACUUUCCCAACAGAAUUGAAUAAGUAUAGAGCACUAAGAGGUGAUGAAUAAUUUGCUGUGUGAGUAAAUUAUAACAAUACUGCAAAUAAAUAAAAUGUAUGUUAAUUUAUUGAACUGGUAAAUACAUUAUAUAUAU